AUGAGUAUCGAGAACAAUAAUUUUAUACAACGUACGUUAGCUGUUUUAUCACGCCGUAAACGAAUUACGGCGGCUAAUGCUCUUCAUUCACAAUUACGACGAUGCUUAACAGUAAUCGAUUUAACGACAUUAGGAAUUGGUAGUACACUAGGUGCUGGCAUUUAUAUACUUGCUGGUACAGUUGCACGUGAUUUAGCUGGACCUGGUGUUAUUCUAUCGUUUCUUAUUGCUGGUAUAGCUUCACUGUUCUCAGGUUUAUGCUAUGCAGAAUUAGGUUCGAAAUAUCCACGUGCAGGAUCUGCUUAUGUGUAUUCCUAUGUCAUUAUUGGAGAAUUAGCAGCUUUUAUUACAGGUUGGAAUUUAAUUCUUGAAUAUAUUGUGGGUGCUGCAUCGGCAGCACGUGCAUGGACAAGUUCAGUUGAUUCAAUAAUUAAUUUCCGUAUGAGUCUUUUUUUUCAAACAAAUUUUCCAUUUCCAUUUCCGAAUCCAUUUGAUAUGUUUGCACCCUAUAUGGAUAUAGGAGCAUUUGGUCUGACAUUAAUUACAACUAUGAUUUUAGCUAUUGGAGUUAAAGAAUCAAGUCGAACAAAUAAUUUUUGUACAUUAGUUAAUUUAAUUAGUGUAGCAAUUAUUAUUAUAAGUGGUCUCUUCAAAGUAAAUACUGAUAAUUGGCAUAUAUCAAUGAAUGAAAUGAAACUGAAUAAAACAAUAAUUCGAGCAGGAACUGGUGGAUUUUUACCAUAUUCAUUUUCAGGUGUAUUAUCCGGUGCAGCUACAUGUUUUUAUGCAUUUGUUGGAUUUGAUCUUGUUGCAACGACAGGUGAAGAAACAGAAAAUCCUCGAAGAGCAAUUCCAAUUAGUAUUUGUCUUGUUCUUUUUAUUUGUUGUUUUGUUUAUUGUGCUGUAAGUGCUGUAUUAACACUUAUAGUACCUUAUUAUUCAAUAAGAGUCGAUGCAUCAUUACCUGAUGCAUUCGAUCGUGUUGGACUUUCACAUGUAAAGAUUGCAAUUACCCUUGGAGCUGUUACAGGCCUUACAUCAAGUAUUAUUGGAUCGUUAUUUCCAUUACCUCGUGUUUUAUAUUCAAUGGCAUCAGAUGGCCUUCUAUUUCCAAUAUUUAGUAAAGUUUCAAAUAGAUCUCAUACACCAAUUUAUUCAACACUUAUUGGUGGUUUUUUAGCAGCCGUAAUGGCAUUAGUAUUUGAUUUAUUAACAUUAGUUGAAAUGUUAAGUAUAGGUACAUUAAUUGCCUAUACACAAGUUGCAUUAGCUGUAUUAAUAUCACGUUAUGAAACUAUAGAUGACAGUAGUUAUGAAUUAACAAAAAAUAUAUCAUCUAUAAUAGUAAUAAUAAUAAUAUUAUGUUUUAUAUCAAUUUAUUCAUUUGAACAACAUGAUUAUAUAGAUCCAUUAAUAUUAUUAAUAUUUUUAUUUUUAUUAUAUAUUUUAAUUAAUAUGAUUUACAAAAAUUUUUGCAGUAGAAAACAGAAUAUUUCGGAUGAAUCAGGAAAUAUUUUUUUAACACCAUUUGUGCCUUGGUUACCAAUAUUUAGUAUUUUUUGUAAUAUAUAUUUAAUGUUAAAAUUAAGUUUUAUAACAUGGAUACGAUUUAUCCUAUGGAUGAUAAUUGGAUUUUCUAUUUAUUUUUUUUAUGGGAUGCAACAAGCUGGAAAAUAUCUUUUCCCGGUUUUUAUUUGA